AUAUCACUCAAUUCAAAAUUUGUUUAAUCUUCGGAAGCAUCAAAGUUAUCGUCUUGCAGAGUUUUCUUCAUCACUUUGGCAAAGAAUCAAGUCUCGAAUUGGAGCUAUAAGCAGAUCCCAGUAGAUUUCGUCAGCUCAGUGAUGCCUUUCGUUAGCACCUUAAUGGGUUUUACUGGGUUCGGUGUUGGCGUCUCUGCCGGACUUAUGAUCGGAUACUAUUUCUUCAUCUACUUCCAGCCUACCGACGUCGAGGAUCCAGUUAUCCGGCCUUUGGUUGAGCAGGAUUCCAAAACAUUGCAGGACCUUCUUCCAGAGAUACCAUUUUGGGUGAAAAAUCCAGACUAUGAUCGUAUUGACUGGCUAAACAAGUUCCUUGAAUACAUGUGGCCGUAUUUGGACAAGGCAAUAUGUAAGACUGCAAUUAGUAUUGCUAAGCCAAUUAUUGCGGAAGAAAUUCCAAAGUAUAAGAUCAAUUCUGUGGAGUUCGAAACAUUUACUCUGGGUUCCCUACCUCCAACAUUUCAAGGUAUGAAGGUCUAUGUUACUGAUGAACAUGAGCUUAUAAUGGAACCAUCCAUGAAAUGGGCUGGAAAUCCUAAUGUCAAGCUUGGUGUCAAAGCAUUUGGCCUCAAAGCUACAAUUCAGGUGGUGGAUUUGCAAAUUUUUACGGUGCCACGUAUAACCCUGAAGCCAUUAGUUCCAAACUUUCCUUGUUUUUCUAAAAUCUAUAUGUCACUCAUGGAAAAGCCACAUGUGGACUUUGGACUGAAGCUGUUUGGAGCUGAUCUCAUGGCAAUACCUGGACUCUACAGAUUUGUUCAGGAACUUAUCAAAGACCAGGUCUCAAGCAUGUAUCUGUGGCCUAGGACACUAGAAGUACCAAUUUUGGAUCCAAAUCAAGCCAUGCAAAGACCAGUGGGGAUUCUCCAUGUGAAGGUUUUGAAAGCCAUGAAGCUAAGAAAGAAAGAUUUGCUUGGUGGUUCAGACCCUUAUUGUAAGUUAAAGCUGACAGAGAGUAAGCUACCAUCAAAGAAAACUACUGUGAAGCAUCGGAAUCUGAACCCGGAAUGGAAUGAGGAAUUUAAUAUGGUUGUAAAGAAUCCCAAUACCCAAGCUUUGGAAAUUCUUGUUUACGAUUGGGAGCAGGUUGGAAAACAUGACAAGAUGGGUAUGAAUGUAGUCCCAUUGAGAGAACUUAAGCCUGAGGAAAAGACAGUUUUAACUCUUGACCUGUUGAAAAAUAUGAAUACUGAAGAUGCCCAAAAUGACAAGUCUAGGGGCCAGCUUGAGGUGGAGCUCACUUACAAAGCUUUCAAAGAGGAGGAUAUGGCAAAAGAUGAAGGUUCUUCUGAAGUAGUCAAAGCACCUGAUGGUACUCCGGCUAAUGGAGGCAUGCUUGUGAUCAAAGUUCACGAGGCACUAGAUGUUGAAGGAAAGUAUCAUACGAAUCCAUACGCACGAAUCAUUUUCAGAGGAGAGGAGAAGAAAACUAAGUAUGUAAAGAAAAAUAGAGAUCCAAGAUGGGAAGAGGAAUUUCACUUUGUACUUGAUGAGGCUCCCAUUAAUGAUAGGAUACAUGUGGAAGUUGUUAGUACUUCAUCAAGGAUUGGACUACUACACCCCAAGGAAACUCUAGGAUAUGUUGAUAUCAAUCUGGCAGAUGUUGUAAGCAAUAAACGUAUCAAUGAGAAGUAUCAUCUCAUAGAUUCAAAGAAUGGCCGAAUUCAGAUUGAGUUGCAGUGGAGAACUUCAUCCUAAUAACACUUCAUACCUGUACCAGUGAAAGAAAAAGUUUAUCAAGGUGAAAUAAGUUAUAUACUAUUAUUGUUGUAUAAGAGUCCUUUCUUUUGAUUAACAUGAUGAUGAAGAUGCCUUUUGUUGUGUGCACUCAACAAAGUGAUCCGUUAUCUUGUAGAUUGUGUCCUUGGAUGGUGGUAUUAUGUUUCUUCUA